UCAAUGAAGAAUCAGGAUUGCACUUUUUUUUUUUUGAGUUACAAAGGUUCGAAAUGAUGUCAUACUUUUAGGAUAACAGGGUAUUGGAAUACUGGACUGACCAAGGCUCCAUCUGGAGAUUAGAGAUACGUGAGUUUAAAUGGAAGUGAACCCAACUCUUCAUAUCUUAUUAUAUUAUUGCAACAUUUGCAUUUGAUUUGCGUUUUACUAAUUUGGAUAAUAUUUGUUAUUUUAAAUGGAUUGGCACCACCAGCGCUGUUUUGUUUAAUUAAAAGAUUGUUCAAACCAGAGAGAGAGAGAGAAAGAGAAUGUCAGAGCUCCUAAUGUGGCCCGCUGUGUGUUGUUAACUGGGUACGGGGGUCGACCGCCUGGUAUCAGAUUGCGAUGCCGCCGCGGGGAAUGUCGGAAUACAAACCCGUUUCAGUGUCGGAGAUCCCACCAGUGCCCCCUCGGAGGGUGCGGAGCAGGGAGUUGUCCUCUGCAUCACGAUGUCGGUCCGGUUCGACCACAGAACGAAAGGUUAAGUGUGUACUGAUCGGGGAUGGAGCCGUGGGUAAAACAAGCCUUGUCGUCAGCUACACUACCAAUGGAUAUCCAAACGAGUACAUCCCGACUGCAUUUGAUAACUUUGCAGCUGUAGUGGCUGUUGAUGGCAGGCCUGUGAAACUUCAGCUCUGUGACACAGCUGGGCAGAUGGACCAUGUACAACUGUUGAAGUGCCUCACUGGAGCAAAACAGUUUCCUAUUGGUGGAUAUGAGGCCCGUUCAAGAUGCCCGGACUGUUGGCAGGCUCUGCACUGGAAUUCCUUGUAUCUGCAGGACUGCGGCGAAUGUCCGGUUCCAAGACAGCGAAAACAGGGAAACCUCAUACCCAGUGAGGAGCCACAGCAACCUUGGAAGAAGACCAAGCUGGAAGCACCAGACUUUAACAUGGUUGAUGGCCACAAGAAUGAAGCUCAAGAAUAUGACACAUUUAAACAAACAUUUUUUCAGUUAAUGACUAUAUUGAAAAAAAUAUUGUGAGGAAAUGUACAGCCCAGUAUAUUGUUAGUUCUAAACACUACACAUACCAUUCUUUAAAGCUACACUUACAAGGGACUAUGAAAUGUUUUUUGUUGUCCAGCACCCUGUAGAUUGGUGUAUACAUCACUGAACCCUCACACUUCAGAGGCAUGACUUGCAGAGACACUGUCGUUUAUGUAACACCACUACACACCUAGCUCUUAAAGUAAAACAUAUAACAUAACUUUAAUGUACCCUCAAUAUACACAGCAACUGUAUUAUUAUAUUUUGGGUUCCCUGUAUUAUGAUCACCAAAGGAUUCUACAUGGAUAGCUUUGGCCUGUUAUUUAUAUGAUAUGAAAAUAAAUAAUUUACUUUAGAGAAUACUGUAACACAAAAUCCCCUUUUUUUGGGCCACACAGUAUUUUAUUAAAGCAUUACUAUUGAAACAACAGCAAAGCACACUGGCUGCACAUACAGCUUAUUGUACUGUAAUGAGUCAUAAAUAGAUUUUAAAAAUGACUAAUAAGAGAUGAAAAAUACAAAUUUCUAAAGCAUAUUAUCCCUUACUUGACUUGUUAUAGUGCUUCAUGUCAAUAAUGGUACAAGCAGUUUCUUUCAAAUUGUGUAUAACCAUGGAUGUUUAAAUUCCUAUUCCAAAGGCACAUCCUAUAUGGGGAAAAUGAUGUAUGCUCUAAACUACCCGGUUUAAAAAUUCUUGCUCAACAGGUACUUUAAAGAAAUUUAUACAUUCUGGUGCUGGGAAUGUAAGAGUUUAAGGAAAGAAAAUGAAAAUAAAACACAAAAUCAUCCUAGCAAUCCAUCUUAUUAGAGUCAACAAAACAAACAUGACAGCCCAGAUAAUAAUGUAUUGGUGACGGUCAUAGAUUUCAGAGAUGCUGCUAGGUGCCCUUUUGUGUAAGCCUGUUUCAAUGUCAAAUUAUACAACUAAUUAUAUGUGGCGCUGACCCAGAUACAGAUUAAAGGACUUUUCAGGAGUGGAAAAUAACUCUGGCAGCCUCCAGGUUUGCUCUAAUGAACCUGUGACACUGGAUCAUGUUGCUGUACAAGAAGAUGACAUUGCCUUGAGAGGAUGAGCAAUGUCAACAAUAGGGAAUUUGCUGAAAGUAAUUUGCCAGGAGAACUACAGAUAAGUCAGUAGUGAUUAAGGAUUUUUUUUUAUAUCAUUGUGCUUGUUAGUGUAUUGUAGCUAGACAUAGGUCUCAUUAAAAAUGUCUAUUAACCACCUGUAGGAAUGUCUAUUUUAUAAUUUAUACAAACUAAACUACAGCAGGAGAGGUAGAGCAAGUACAGUAGGCAGAUUUGUUAAAAAUUGUGUGAAUAGAAAUAAACACAAUAAAAGAGCAUUCAUUUAUAUUGUUUAAUAUAUCUGCCAUUAGGUUGUUAAAAACUGUAUUACUUGCACAACAAAAUUGGACUCACAUACUGAGGUUUAUAAUACAAAAUACAAAAAAUGUCAACUACUGUAGCCAUUAUAAGGGCAUUUAUUUUCAAUACAGAUAUAAUUCAAAAUUACAUCAACCAAAAACAUCCACACACAUUAUUUUACCCAAUAUAUCAAAUGUAAACAAUUGUUUUCUACAUUUUAAAUAAAAUCUGUUGACCCCUUUAUGUGCAGCACCAUGUGAUAACAAUGCAAAUAUUCAUAGUGACAAAUAGAAAACACGUUUUCAUAAGCUCCCUGCAUUUAAAAAUCACAAUUUUACAAAACACUUAAGUUUACACUAUGUGCCUAAAUGUAUGAGUCCAUAGUGAAUUUACAGUUGGAUUUCCUGUAAAAUAUUAUCCGCAUAAUAAAAUCAUCACGUGGAAAAAGAACCCUUUUAAAAUUUUUAGUAUACUUCCUCAAUUUCUAGAUGACAUUUAUCACCUGUCAUAUUUCUUCCAGAAUCAAUGGGCAAGAAGUCUGUGACAAACUUCCUUCAUUUUAGAAAUGUAAACAAAUUGGAAUGUAUACAAGCUUGAACAAUAAAAAAAGAUGUUUAAAAAAGGGUGACCCUUCAGCUUUAUUUCUAGGUAAUGUUACUACAGAAAACACAGAUGUAUCACAAUUAAUAUAUCUGUGUUAAGUAUAAAUAUAGCUCAAUAUAAAUUCUAACAUUUUGCACACUGGUGAGAAAGAGGAUAGAUACCUGUUUCAGUAAAUGAAUACAGUGCCUUUCACAAAAUGUACUAUAAACUGCAGGGACCACCUACAUGCAUUUAUUUAUUAAUAGUGAGGUACAGAAAUUUGUAAACCAACCCCUGAAAAGUCAUACAUGUUCUUUUUAAAAGCAAAAAAACCUUGACCAAUAUACUGCGAAGAUAAUCACAAAAUAUAUAUACCGGCAAAACUGGCAAAAAAGGUGGGUAGUAAAAAAAAAAAAGAAAACUGUAUUAUAAGAUCUUUGUGGGCACAAUUCAGAAUGCAAAUGUAUAGAAAUAGCAGGAAAAAAAAGCCUUGAUCACAGGCUCCUGUUUCCAUUGCAUGAACUGUAACCGAUUGUGUAUCCGGACCCUACAUUGUGUCUAUCAUCGCGUGACCCACUACAGCACAACCCCACCACCGCAUGACCCAGUACAGCGCAACCCCACCACCGCGUGACCCAGUACAGCGCAACCCCACCACCGUGUGACCCAGUACAGCGCAACCCCACUACCGUGUCACCCAGUACAGCGCAAUCCCACUACCUUGUCACUCAGUACAGCGCAACACCACCACUGCGUGACCCAGUACAGCGCAACCCCACUACCUUGUCACCCAGUACAGCGCAACACCACCACCGCGUGACCCAGUACAGCGCAACCACAUCAGCGCGUGACCCAGUACAGAGCAACCCCACCACCACCGCAGGGCGAUUAUUAUAAUAAUAAUCCUAGCUUCAGGAAAGAACAAAACAAAACAAGUCCUAAAUUACAAGACAGGGUAGCAGACAUACAAAUACAAGUGCUCACAUCGAAUUAAUAAAAAUGUACAUAAUUAAUAAAAUAAAGUGCAGUUCCAAAAUAUAUAAUAAAGCAUAAAUUAAUAGUUACAUGACCACCACUGUGUUACAUCAACAUAAAAAUAAGUCAAACGCAAAUGUGAUUACAAACCAUGCACCCUGUUAGUAACUUUAAUAUAAAAUAUCUAUAAGGUGAUAAAUUCUCAAGAAACUUCUCUUGAGAUCCUGAGAUAACUCAACUCAAUUUUAACAAGUUAUUUUCAUAUUAUUUUCAUGUUAUUUCCAGCAGCUAUAUACAUUUUAGUUGUACACAAAGCCUCAAAUAUAAUUCUGUCUUUCAGAUAUGUGGAACUGUUACGAUGCGGUGGAGCAGCACCUACCACGCACAAACAAUUCGGUGGAAGGAUGGCACUGCACUUUCGGGGAACUUCUGGGAUCCUGACACCCCUCCAUUUGGCCGUUCAGUGAGGGAAUAAAAAAGGAACAGGCCCUCAGAACUGAAAAUGGAGCAGCUUGUUGCUGGCAAUCUUCCACCAGUGGAGGGCGAGAUACCGCACAAUUGCCAGGAACAUUGAGUUGAUUGUCGCGGAUUACCUCAAUCGCCCUCUAUGCGACUAUUUGCGUGGCAUUGCACAUAACAUUGAGUUUUAGGUGUAACUCCCCCUACUACCAGUUUCCCAUAUCUCAAAUUAUCAGACAAAAUGAGCCUCCCCUUAAGUAGCCCUUCUGAGGGGCAGGUGCAAUUUCUCCGUUAUAUCUGAUAAUAUGUGCCUCCCCUCUAAAUGGUCUACCUCAAUUGAAAAAUACAUGGUAGCCUAUUUGGAUGGGAGCUAUUUUCUGUGCACCUCUGUUAUCUGUAAUGGCGAUUUCAUUAUUUUUGACCGCAAUUUUUGUUAGUUCCAUCACAACUUUUUACAAAAAUGUGUUUUCUCAAAUGAUCAACAUUAUCUGUUGAGUCUUAAUUUACACUGUUCUAUCGUUAGCCUAUUUGCCUUACCUAAAAACCCAGGUAGUAGACAUUUAUAAAACCUGUACUUAAAAAAUAAAAUAAUAAUAAUAAAGACAUAACGUGCAUAACCAAUCACCAUGUUUAUUUGGUUUGUUUUGAAUAUUUAUUUAUUUAUUUUGGUACUGUAUGCCAAAUAAUAAUAAUAAUUAAAAAAAAAAAGUUUGAACAUGAAUUGAAUAAUUCAGGAAGGUUAAAAAAAAAAAAAAAUCCUGCAUAACCGACUGUCAAAAGGGUAAAGUUAGCAGUUAAACAGAAAUCUUCUGAGACACUUUUUUUUAACAUUGUUUUCGUUAUUCGUUUGUUCAACGCCUAAUCUUAAUUUACCAUAGCAUAUCUUAAAGUAGCACAAAAGAGGAACCAUGGGAUUAUUAUUAUUAUUAUUAUUUAUGUAUUUUUUUUAUGUUUUAUUUUUCAACCAAGCAGAUAUUAGUGUGACACUGGAACUAUUUGGAGAGGGAAGCAGAAUGUCGUUUCGACUUUAUUUAUUUAUUUUGGUACUGUAUGCCAAAUAAUAAUAAUAAAACAAAUGUAAUUGCUUCUGAAGUGUCCUUUAUCGAAACUCUGCAA